AUGGUGAUCACAGAUUCGGGCAAUGAGUUCCAGGGCAAGCUCGAGCGUGGUUGCGAGUCCUUGGCAAUCCUGCAACAUGUUACGGUUCCAGAAUGCCCGUGGGAGAACGCCAAGGCCGAAAGACAUGGUGUGUGGCUGAAGGGUAAACUCGACAAGGAGAUUCAACUCAGGCAGAUCCUUUUUCUCCACCUGGGACGAGCUCGACGAGUUCCUCAUGGCCAUCACUGCGACAAAGAACCAUGCAAUGGUUCAAUCGGGGUGGAUUCACUCCAGCCACUUUGGUCUUUGGGACCGUGGCAAGGGUUCCAGGUGACCUCCUGUCACAGGUCUUAUGUGCCGCUCAAGAUGCCUACAGGCAAUCCACUGGCAGCAAUGGAGCAGAACAGCCGUGCAGCUAUUCACGGGGCUGCACGCUCUGCCACGCACCAGACCAAACAGUGGGCACAGGGACAGUGGGUCUAUGUUUUUCGUCGAGGACGACAUGGCCAAGAACUUGUCUUGGUGAGCAACAAUCGCAUCGUCUAUGUGGCAAUGCGAACAAGGCUCUGGCGCUGCUCUCCUGAGCAGCUGCGCCCAGCCAUGCCAGCUGAGGUGUUGGGCCAAGAGAUUGCCACCAACCCAGGAGUUGCCGAACUGGUGAGACAGGUCCCUCUGGAUCAAGACAGGCGCUGUGGACGUCUCUCGAGAAGUGAUGAUCAGAUCACCACCAGGAGACGAAGUCACAGCUCCUAUUCCUAUGAUGCCACCUGGGCUGGAACAACACAGGCCCCACAGCAAGCGGAGGGAUCUCCGAGAAGAGAUGCAGAAGCCAUGCCCAAGGACAAUCCGGCACCAGCUCCACUCAAUCCAGAGGCGUCAGAUCCUGAUGAACCAGGGCUUUCACUGCUCUCCUUUGAGUUGGAGGACGGCUUCCCAUCACUGCAAUUGCUUGCCAAACGUGAUGAUGAGGUGAGUCUGAAGGACAUGAGCCAGGCAGAACGAGAGAGAUUCCAGCAGGCUGACGAGUUGGAGUGGUCUGCAAUUGUCAAGACCAAGGCCGUCAAGGUGCUGACAGGACGAGAAGCAGCAGAGGAGAAGGAAAUUGGAAGCCAAAGUCUCGAUGGUGUCUGCAUGGGCGGGUCUUUGAUCACCUAUGCGCCAACUCCUCAAGUCGAGACAAUCAUGACAUUCUUGCAGUCAUCGGCCAAUUUGGGCUUCAAAUGCUCCUUCUCAGAUGUUCGCAAUGCUUUCUGCCAGAGCAACCGGUUGAAGAGAAUUCAGAUCGUGGUUCCAGUCUAUGGCCUGGACGAUGCUCCGGCAGCUUGGAGGACCACCGUCACCUCUUUCUUGGUUAAGGGUGGCUAUGUGCGGAACCUCAUCGAGCCAUGUUGGUUGUCAAAGUUUGACGAGAAGACCAACCGACCUAUUUCCCAGAUCUUGAUUAAGGUCGAUGACUUCAUCGCGGCCUCACAUCCUCAGCACUACGAGGCUACCAGGAAGCUUCUGACCGAGAGGUUCGACUUUGGCAAGUGGGAUGAUGAUGAAGCUGAAUAUGCCGGUCGGCACAUCAAAUGCUUGAAGGGCCGAAUCUGGAUCAAUCAAAAGAAGUACAUCGUGGAGCACAUUCACCCAGUUGUCCUGGCGAAGGGACGAAAAUCCAAGAAGGACUCUCCAUUUGAAGCUUUCCGGGCCUUGAUCUACAAGCUGAAUUGGCUCGGACGUGAGACCCGUCCGGAGGUGUCAGACACGGCUUCCAUCCUUGCCAGCCGCCUUCCAAGUGCCACCAUCUCGCACGUGCUCAUUCUGAACAAGGUAGUCAACUACCUCCAGUCCACGUCUGAUCGGAACAUCACCAUGUGGGCGUUUGACCCAUCAGAUAUGGCAUUUAGCAUGCGCAGUGACGCUGGAGGUAUUAAUGGCAAGUUUGAACAAGUUGAUGAUGUCGGCCUCCCAGCGGACGCUACUCAGGGAGCCCGGAUGGUUCUUGCUGCCAGCCGACUACCAGUCGGACACCAGGCAGUUCCGGCGUCUCCAUUGGCAUGGAGAAACGGUAAAUUAAAAAGAAAAGUCUUCAGUACCUUCGGUGGCGAAACCCAAGCAAUGUUGCAGGGCAUCGGGGAAGUUGAUUGGCUUCAGAUGCCGUCUUUCAUGACGUUCAACUUCGAAAUUGGAGAAACAGCCUCUAACCACAUAUGA